UGUCCCUACACCAAUCAGACGAGUUGUUUUAUUUUUUACAGCUCACUAUCCAAGAUGGCGGACGACAAGGAGAACAAAAAGAUCGGACUGAAGACCACGCUUGAUAUGGUGGUGGAAGGAUGCCGCCUUCCCGUGAAAAUGAGCAUUCUGCCAAACGAAGAAGAAGAGUGGCCACUUGCAGAAAUUCUCAGCCGGAAGGAAGAAAAGGGGAAGCUGGAAUUCUAUGUCCACUACAUUGACUUUAACAAACGUUUGGAUGAGUGGGUGCUCCCAGACAGACUACGGGUGGAAGAACUCCAGUUUCCCAGGAAGGACCAGAAAACACCCCAGAAGCAGACGUCAUCUGCAGCCAACUCUCGCCCCACCACCCCUGAUCGGGAACUCCAGGAAAAGAAGACCACAGUUGACCGAUCAGAGUCAGACAGUCCAAGUCCUUCCUUGCUCUCCAAGAAGUUAAGCCUCCCCGAGCAGACCAGCUCUCCUGCUGCCAAGCUAGGAGGGCAGGGGCAGACUCCACAGUCACAGACGAAGUCCAAUGCAGGCAGGAAGAGGAAGGCAAUAUUCCUUGAUGAGAAGCAGGACUUACCGCCUGCAUACUGCAACUCUUUGUCAUCGCAGGACUCCCAGGAUGCACCAGCCACGCCCCAGCCCAGUGCCCCUCCGCAGCAGCCCCGCCAGACGGGCAGCAUGUCGUCCUCGCACGAUGAGAACAUCAUCACGCGCAUCAAGAACAUCGAGACAAUAGAGCUGGGCAAGUACCGCAUCAAACCGUGGUACUUCUCUCCUUACCCACCGGUAAGUAUUUGUACUCUAGUCUAG